ACAGCGUCCCCAAACUUCCUCCCAAGACCUACAAGAGGGAGUCUCUGACCCCCGCCCCCUUUUGGACACCCCCCGCACUGUGAUUGGACAGCCUGGACCUCCUGAGGGGGGUGGCACAGCUGAUUGGACGGCCUGCUGAGGAGGCAGGGCUUGAUGAGCUAACACUACAGCUGAUCGGAUGAGAACAAACAAAACGAUGGAUUUAAAGACAAAAAAACAUCCGAUUGAUCAAUCAGGGUGUUGAAUAAAGAUCAUGUGCCCUUAUUCUGAAAAACAAACAAAUCAUGUGCCCUUAUUCUGAAAAACGAACUGAUUGUAUCCUCCAGCUGCAGAACUUUGGAGAACAGUCCACAGACUGAAGUGGACUCAGGUGUUGGUGUGUCGAGAGCCUUCAGGUACUGGACCAGAACCAAAGAGCUGUGUCCCAAUGCAGCGGCUGCAGCCUUCAGAGGACGCAGCCUUCACGGUCUACGUAGACCGCGUCCUUUGAACACCGUGGAGGCUGGACCGAGCGGUCCCCGAAAUGAGACGGUCUGGUCCACAGAUGAUUUCCUGUUUGCGUCACCAGCUUUUCGCGCCCCGCCCUUUUGCCGCUUCCGUCUCCUAGCAACCAGCUGCGGUUGUCAUAAAAGAGUUACAACAUCUGACAGCUGACAUGUGGACACGCCCCUUGAUAUAAGCCCCGCCCCUGGCGAAAACAUCAAUCCCUCCAUCAGCAGCCGCUCAGACUGAGAUUAGGAGUUUAAACCUGCAGAGAAACUUCCCCUCUGAACCAGAAGAAGAAGAAGGAGAAGAAGAAGAAGAAGAAGAAGAAGAAGAAGAAGAAGAAGAAGAAGAAGAAGAAGGAGAAGAAGGAGAAGAAGAAGAUGGCCGACUCCACCAGCAGCAGUCACUCUGACUCUUCAUCAUCAUCCAACAACUCCUCUUCCUCCCUCAGAGACCUCACACGUUCAGCCUUCCAGCUCAUCCACUGGAAAGAACCCAAAAAGUCUGCGGUGGCGUUUGGCUCUUCGCUGCUGGUUCUCGUCUCCGUGGCGACGCUCUCUGUCAUCAGCGUGGUGUCUUACCUGCUGCUGGCCUGCCUCUGUGUCACCAUCACCUUCAGGGUUUAUAAAUCAGUCAUCCAGGCCGUCCAGAAGUCAGACGAAGGUCAUCCAUUCAGGUCUCAGUUGGAGAGGGACAUCUCUGUGUCCUCGGAGUCCGCCCGGCUGCUGACGGAUCAGUCUCUGUUCCAUCUGAACUGGUUCAGCAGUCAGACCAGGAGGCUGCUGCUGGUUGAAGACCUGGUGGACUCUCUAAAGUUGGCUGCUGUCAUGUGGAUGAUGACGUAUGUUGGAGCCAUCUUUAAUGGCGUCACCAUCCUCAUCCUCGCUGACAUCAUGUUCUUCACCACACCGCUGAUCUACCAGAAGAAAAAGUCACAGAUUGAUCGGUACAUUGACUUGAUCCGGUCCAGAGUGGAGGAGAUGCUGCAGAAGCUGAAGGACCGGUUACCUGGAGCUGUGAGAAGAACCAAAGCAGAAUGACCACCUGACACACACACACACACACACACACACACACACACACACACACACACACACACACACACACACACACACACCUGGACAGGCUGUGGUUCAUUCUCGUCCUCUGAUUGGUCCGUUUGUCAGUGAAUCACCUGCUGUAAU